GAUUGAAAAAAACAAGGAGAAUGAAGAACUGAGUGAAGUUGAGGAGAAAAAUCACGUCAAAACUCGAGAAAAACCCUUGAGUUGCUCUCAAACUAAACAGAAAUAUUUAAAGAAAAUGAGAGCCAAUAAAUCUUUCACCUGCACUCAGUGUGGAAAGAGUUUCUCAUUCAAACAUCAUCUUGUGCUUCACAUGAGAGUUCAUACUGGAGAGAAACCGUUCACAUGUGAUCAGUGCGGGAAGAGUUUCUCACGAUCAUCACACCUCAAAGAUCACAUAAACAUUCACACUGGAGAGAAACCACACAAGUGUUCACACUGUGACAAGAGAUUCAGUUAUUCAGCAAAUCUGAAAAGACAUGAGAGGAUCCACACUGGAGAGAAACCGUACACAUGUGAUCAGUGCGGGAAGAGUUUCACAAUAAAAGGACACCUUACAGAGCAUAUGAGAGUUCAUACUGGAGAGAAGCCAUUCACUUGUGAUCAGUGCGGGAAGAGUUUCUCACACUCAUCAAACCUUAAGAUACACAUGAAGAUCCACACUGGAGAGAAACCGUAUCACUGCACUGCAUGUGGGAAGUGU